CCGCCACCGCCGCUAACAUUACUCUCCCUCCUUCCUGUCUCGCUCUUGUGACUAAAUGAUACGCUUUCCCUCUUUUAUUUCCCCUCUUUUUGACAUAACACGAAGCACCAGCGCCAGGGGAUAGGGUACAGGGGGCGGCUAGAUCCCUGUAGAGGCCACAGGGGCGACAGGGAGGGCAGGGCGGCAGGGUAACGCUAGAAUAAAAGCUCGCGAAGUGGAGGCUGUAGCGGCGGGUCACUGUUCGCUUGGUUGUGCUCUCCAGACACAGGCUUACGUCACUGCCUCUCCCGCCGCCGCCCGAGCCCGCCAGCAGAUGCCAGCACCGUCCACGCCUCCGCCGCCCUCCACGCCUCGCCGCCAGCCCUCACAUAGGUCCCUCGGGCUGGGUACACGAAUAGGGCCGAUGACAUGCCUGCUGCGACGGGUCUAUGGGGCUGUUUGGCCGCAAGGGAAGAGUGGUUAAGGCUUCCAGAGGUUCUGUAAGGGGUUCUAGGGCUUCCUCCCCCCCUGCCCCCCUUUGUCUGUGUCCUGGGCACUGCAGUUCAUGACGGGUCGCUCUGCCUGGCUACAAGUGACGCUAAAUCAUUCUACCUCCGAUGCCCACUUUCCGGGUGUGGUGGCGAAAAUGAGUAGACAAAAGUUAGGUGUGACGGAAAACGUAGAGGAGCGAGAAACGGAAAUAGGAAUAUGAAAAAAAAGACAAAAGUGUGAUAAAACCCAAACAUAGAGUAAAAUGCAUAAAAAAAUGACUAAGGUGUAAUGGGAAACGUUAAAGAGUGAAUAAUGAAAGACAGGAAAAUGGAAAAGUUAUGAAAACAAAAUAAAAUGAAAUAAAGAAAUAUAUGUGAUUAAUAAACAGACAAAUAAAAUGUAAAGGAGUGAGAUGAAAAACCGAGACAUGAAAAAAAUACAACUGAAAAAAUAUAGGAAAAUUAAUAGACAAAUAAUAUAUAAAGGAAAACGUUUACAAGUUAAAAAGGAAGACUAGAAAGAUGAAUGAGACGAAAAGAAAUUAGAAUAUAAAAUUAAAGGAAAAUGUAGAAGAGUUAAAACAGAAGAAUAGAAACAUGUCAAUGGACUAAAAUAAAUUAUAAUAGAAAAAUGAAGAAAAAUUAUAGACAGACAAAUAAUGUAUAAAGGAAAACAUAAAGGAGUGAAAAUGAAAAAGAAAAUGAUGAAAAGACAGUGUAAUGUAAAAUUUUGGAGAAUUAAUUAACAGAUAAAUGAGAUGUUUGGGAAAAGAUAAAACAGUGAAAAGGGAAGAACAAAGAUGAAAAGGCGAAAAUAAAAUAGAAAAAUGCUGGAACGUGAGUAAAAUGACAAGUUAAGUGUAAAGAAACAUAUAGAGGAGGGAAAGUAAAAGGACGGAAGGAUGUGAAAAGACGAACAUGAAAUAUAAUAAAAAUAUAAAGUGCAUUGGUAAACAGAAAACAGGAUAAACGGAAAUUUUGAAGAAUGAAAUGUGUAGAAUAGAGAGAUCGAUUAAAAGACGAAAAAAAAAAUAGAUUGAUUCAUGAUUGAUUAAUAAAUAUACAAAUAAAGUGUAAUGGAAGUGACAAAGGAAGAAUAAGAAGAAUGAAAAAAACGAAAACAAGAAAAGGAAAAUGGAAAAAAAGUGACUAUUUCAAUUUUUAUUUCUAUUUGAUUAUUUAUUUAAGUGUCAAAAGAAGAAUAGAAAAAAAAAACGAAAAUAAGAAAGGGAAAAGGGGAAAAAAGUGAUUAUACUUCUAUUUCCAUUUCUAUUUGAUUAUUUAUGGAAGUGACAAAAAAAUAGAAAAAAAUAGAAAAUAAAAGGAAAAGGGAAAAAAGUGAUUGUAUUAACGGCAGGCACUUUUCUUUACACACUUAUAAUGCAAAAAGUAAAAAUCGUGAGGAGGUUUGAAAAGAAUGAGAAAAAAAACUGAUUAUAUUUAUGGUAAGCACAUUUUUUUUCACGUUAAUAUGCAAAGAGUAGAAAAUGUUAGGAGGUAUGAAAAGAGUCAGAAAACUUACUAUAUUUAUGGUAGACACAUUUUUUACUCACCAAUAUGCAAAGAGUAGAAAAGAAAAGAGUGAGAAAAAACGGAUAUUUUUAGGGAACAUAUUCUUCUUCACAAACUAACACUAAAAUCUAAAAACAAGUAAGGAGGGAUGGAAAAGUGGGAAAAACUGAUAAUAUUCGACGACAUUAUUUUUAUAAACUAACAGGUAAAGGUAAAAAAAAAGUAAAGGUAAGCUUUGAUGAAAAGAGUGGGAAAAAUCUUACUAUAUUAUUGGAGUAUAUUCAGUUUUUUACACACAUGAAAAAAAAUAGAGGUACGGAAUGAGUGAGAUGAAGGAAGGAGAAGAAAAAUCAUAUAGAAAAUAAAUAUAUCUACUGAGAAAAAAAGAGAACAGGAAGAGUAGAUAUCUAGAAAGAGGAAAGGAAGGGAAGAAGAGAUAUAGAAAGGAGGAAGGAGGGAAGAGAUAUGUAAAUGAUACAGAAAAGAAGGGAAGAGAGAUAGACAGGAAUUAUACAGAAUUAAGAUUUUAAUAUAGAAGGAAAAAGAUGCAGAGAAGGAUUUUAGAAAGGAAAGACAGGUUUACAAGAUAGAUAGAUAGAUAGAUAAAGAAAGAAAAAAGAUAUGGGAAAAAGUAGAGAAAGGAAAUAUGUAAAAAUAAAUGAUAUAAAAAAAUACUAAAGAAAGUAAAGGAGAUAAAUAGAAAGUAGACUGUGUAGAAAAAAAAUACAUAGGAGGAAAGAAGAUGGAAACUUUGAAUAAAAAAAAAAGAGAAGGUAGAAAAAUUCAUUGUCUAGAAAUAAAUAAAAGAAACACUGGAAGAGAAGUGGAAGAAUGGAGCAAAGAGAGAAAAAAAAAUACAGCAAAUGGAUGAAAAGGAUGCAAGAAUAAAAGGAAAUGAAAGUCACGGGGAGGGAAUAGAAGGGAGGUUUAGGGAAGAAAGUAAGACAAAAGGGCGAGUAGGAAGCAACAAUGAAAAACAAAUGUAACGGAAAGAAAAGAAAAUGGCUAAUAUUUUUUAAUCUUCAACAUUUUGCUAAUAUUUUCCUUCCCUUUAUUUUCCUUUUUCAUGUUUUCUUCCUUUCUCCUCUUCGCCUAUGCCUGGGAACGCUCAGAACAGAGGGUGAAGAAAAACUGAAUAAAGGAAUGCCAGUAGAGUAUUAUUACAAGACGUUAGAAAAGGGUAGUGAUCUCGAGAAGUAGUGUUAGUGGUUCGUGCUGCUAUAAAGUGUGAGGGAGAGGUGUUAGAGGCCAUUUCAAGUAGUGUUAAUGGAGUGUGUUACUCUAGACGUCUGGAGUCUGAGGGAGAGGUGUUAGAGGCCAUCUGAAGAAGCAUUAGUAGGUGAUGAUCGUAGAUGUAGAUGUAGUAAAUUUGGAAGUGAUAGGUGAAAAGGUAAGUAAAAUAGAUGAGUAAAAUGAUACAAGAGAAGGGAAUGAAAAUAUGGAAGUAAAAGAAAUCGUGUGAAGAAAAUAUGCACCACACCAGAGAGAGGUAAAUAGAUACACAGGCAAAGAGAGAUGGAUAAUGUAUAUAUUAAUUGUGUCUAAAUUUAGCAUCCUUUACGUACCCUGGCUUUGAUAACGGGACUAUAUAUAGGUCCUGCAUUUUGCUCCCCCUAAGAUGAAGCCACGGAAUGAUAACAUGUGGAAACGUACCCAUAUUCUGAGGCUGAUUGAGGAACAGAAACUGACAACCUGCAGAUAAGGGUUGCAGUUUCCGAUUUAAAAAAAAAAAAAAAAAAAAAAAAGCCAAAUCAUACAGAAAUAGAAUAGUUAUAAAAGGAUAAGAAUAUGAACCGAAUUAUUUUAAGGAAUUGUUUUAGAAAAUGGUUUAAAAUGCGUUAUAUUGAAAAGUCGCAAAGGUACAGAUGAGUUUUGUUGUAUUUCAGCCUGAACUAAAUUUUAAAGCUAAUAGUAAGUCACACAAUGAAGUCAUCAGAGAAUUAUAACGCAGCAGGUAACUAUUUGAGCCUAAUGUAAAGAAGUGAGUAGGUGAUACGAUGAUGCAAUACCAAGGAAGCAUCGUAGAAGAGAUAAUGAUUUCAAUUUUUAUCUGAACAGCAUUUAUUAACAAACGACCGAUUCAGUGAAGUUAUAGGAAGAAAAAAAAAUAUAUGCAGGUUGUAAUGAUUUGGUUUUCCCUCAGAACUACUAAAAAUCAAGUUCAUCAGUAAGACAGUGAAGCCAUGGGAGAAUUAUGAAGGAGACAAUGUUUUAUUUUUCUGCCGUAACUAAUAGAAAGAAGUAAGAAAUUAUGCAUUUAUAGUUAUUCACCUCCAUGAUUUUAUUUUUCAUCCGUUAGAUAAUCAUCAUCAUCAUCGGCUAUGUCAUUACACUGUAGCGUAUCGGCCUCUCCCAACGUUAUUCAUUGCUCAAUAUCUUCUUUCUCUAUUUUCCAGUCUCAAUGUAAACGUUCCAUAUAUAUUACAUUUUUUUCAUCACCAUCUUUGUCCCCCUAUUCUGUAUGUGUGCUGCGUUUGUCUGUCUGUAGAUAAUAUGCAUAGAUGUAACUGAUACUACUCAUCUACAUGUCUUUAUUAAUGGCCAUAUUUUUGUUUGUCAACCUUCAUCUUCUUCCCUAAUUACCUCUUUUUAUUUCCAGUUCUUACAUGUCACCCCUCUCUCUGUAUCUAUACGGUAUUUGUCUAUCUGUGCAUAAUAUUUAAGUCUUUAUAUUUAUCUAUCAUUAUUACUGGCCUCAUUUUUAUCUUCUACUUCUUCCCUAAAUAUCUCCAUUUUCCUACCAACUCUUCUCUUUUCCCUUAUCUCCGUGUCCAUGCUUCAUUAUCUGUAUUUAUUUUAUUUAGACUUAACUAACUGCAUUAAGGUUGACCUGUAAAUAUUUUUGUAUAUAAAUGUUUAUCUACCUUCUUUAAUUCUUUAUCUAACUACAUUUCUUUCCUUUCUACAUUUUUCUUUUCUUUUUCAUCUUUUACUUUGUCUUGUAUUUCUUCCUAUCUACCUCCUUGUACUUUCUUUACUUGCUUUCUUCACCUUUUUUUAUAUUUCCUUCCUUUUCUGUGUAUUUUAUCUCAUUUCCUGGUAUUAACCUCCCUCCUUUCCUUCCUUAAUUCCUUCUCUUUAUGUUCUCUCAGUUCCUAUUUUUUCUUCUCUCCAUUUGUUCCUGCCUUCCUUUCUGACACGCAUCCUUCCAAACAGUUAUCUACGACUCUCUGUGUUCAUUCUUAAUUUUCUUACCUCUAUCUUCUGUCUAUAUCCUUACCUGUCUGUAGUGUGUGGGAAGCUCGUGUAGAGAACAGAGUCUGGCAUGGCAAGAGUUUUAUUUUUAUUUAUUUAUUUAUUUAUUUUUUUACAGUAAGGAAGGUCAUUUAAGGGGGGUUACACACACACAAAAAAAGGAAAAAAACACCCGCUAGAAAUCAGACAAACAAACAGGUAAACAACAAAGCCCGCAUGUAAUUUGGGCGUGUAUCUUUGUUGUAUUUGUCUGUAUGUGUUACGUGAAGUGUGUUAUUGGUGUUCAUGUGCCUACGUAACUUUCUUUUGUCUCGUGGUGAUUAUAAUUUUGUAUGUUUGUCCUUCAGAUGUAAAUAUUUAAGCAUCUUUUUUUUUGUUUUUCUAUUCUUCCUCUCUAUCUCGUUACUAUAGUGUUUUUUUGUUUUGUUUUUUUGCUUUUUUGUUAUGUGUUCGAUAGCUAUCAUUUUUUUUUUUGUCCCUCCUUUUCCUCGUUUUCGUGCUCCUUUCUAUCUACCUGGUUUCUUUGAUUCCUUCCUUCCUUCCUUCCUUGCUUCUAUUUGUAUUUUACCUCAUUUCAAUUUCUUCCUUUCCUUCCUUCCUUCCUUCCUUGCUUCUAUUUGUAUUUUAUCACAUUUCAAUUUUUUUCCCUCCUGUCCUUCCUUCCUUCCUUCCUUCCUUGCUUCUAUUUGUAUUUUACCUCAUUUCAAUUUUUUCCCUCCUUUCCUUCCUUCCUUCCUUCCUUCCUUGCUUCUGUUUGUAUUUUAUCUCAUUUCAAUUUUUUCCCUCCUGUCCUUCCUUCCUUCCUUUCUUCCUUGCUUCUAUUUGUAUUUUACCUCAUUUCAUAUUCGCUUUCUCCCUCCUUUCCUUUCUUUCUUUCUUCUCUGUGUAUUUCAUCUCAUUUCCUAUUUUUUUCCUAUCUCCUUUCCUUCCUUUUCCCCUUAUCUGUGUAUUUCAUCUCAUUUCCUAUUUUUUUCCUAUCUCCUUUCCUUCCUUUUCCCCUUAUCUGUGUAUUUUGUCUCAUUUCCUAUUUUUUCCUAUAUCCUUUCCUUCCUUUCUCCCUUAACUGUGUAUUUUGUCACAUUUCCUAUUUUUUCCGAUCUCCUUUCCUUCCUUUUUCCCUUAUCUGUGUAUUUUGUCUCAUUUCCUAUUUUUUCCUAUAUCCUUUCCUUCCUUUCUCCCUUAUCUGUGUAUUUUGUCACAUUUCCUAUUUUUUCCUAUCUCCUUUCCUUCCUUUUUUCCUUAUCUGUGUAUUUUGUCUCAUUUCCUAUUUUUUUCCUAUAUCCUUUCCUUCCUUUCUCCCUUAUCUGUGUAUUUUGUCUCAUUUCCUAUUUUUUUCCUAUCUCCAUUCCUUCCUUUUUCCCUUAUCUGUGUAUUUUGUCUCAUUUCCUAUUUUUCCCUAUCUCCUUUCCUUCCUUUCUCCCUUAUCUGUGUAUUUUGUCACAUUUCCUGUUUUUUUCCACCCUCCUUUUAUCUUUCUUUCCUUCCUUUCGUGUCUUCCCGUGUGUCAUUUAUAUAAUCUAAUGUUUUCAUCCUUUCUUUCCUUCUUAUUUUUGUUUUAUUUGUUUGUUCCAUAUUUUCUCGAUUUCUUCUCUGCAUAAUCUAUCUCUUAUCUCUUUUUUUUUCCUAACUUUCAAUGUGUUCACUCUUUUCAAAAUCAAAAGAGAAGAAUUAAUAUCAUAGUUCAUACGAAUAUCUUUUGGUUUUUUAUUAUUUUUUCCAUUAGUAUAUUUCUUCCUACAGUCAGAUUCUCUUUCCACCGUGAUACAAGUAAUACAGUGGAAUUUGAUCAUGUUAUUCUCUCUCUCUCUCUCUCUCUCUCUCUCUCUCUCUCUCUCUCUCUCUCUCUCUCUCUUUUUACUUCUUAUCCUCUGUGUUUCUUUGCUUAGUUUUCAUUUUAUCUUCUUCCCUUCUUACUACGUCUUUUUUUUUCACCUGCGAGAUGUCUUUUUUAGUUUUUCUUUUGUUUUUGCUUUGUUGUGUUUUUUCCUUGAUUAGAAUUUCAUUUUUUUCUUACGUUUAUAGACGGUAAGGUUACACAGGCGGAUUAAUUACACCACAAAGCCGGAUGAUACCUACACACACACACACACACACACACACACACACACACACACACACACACGAGAGGCUGUCAUUAUAAUUAUUUUCCCAUUACUUUCUUACUUCUUGUCAUUGUAGAAUUAUUAAACUUACAUUAUUCUUUUUCUGCCGUAAUCUCUCCUAAACUUUCACAUGCAAAGCGUUGAUCGAGUUUUUAGUUUAUUCAUGUAUUCAUUUAUUCAUCUAUGUAAUAUUUUUUGUUUAUUUCUAUCUCGUAAUUCUGUUUAUUAUAUUUUUUUUUAUGCAGGGCGUCCAUGAUUUGGUUAUUCAUUCGUUAAUCAUCAUCAUCAUCAUCGGCUACAUCAUUACACUGUAGCACAUAGGCCUCUCCCAACCUCUCCCAUCUGAGUAGCGGGCUUUUUUUUCAUUAUUGUUUUCUUUCUUUUUUUUACGCCCUUGAACCCCUCUGCUGUAAAAAAAAAAGUUAUUCAUUGUUUAAUAUCUUCUUUCUCUAUUUUCCAGUCUCAAUGUAAACGUUCCAUAUAUAAACAUUUUUUUCAUCACACCAUAAGUUGAAUUUCCUUUCCUUUUGCCAUUUUAUAUCAGCUACUUCCCAGUCUGCCUCUUACCUUUUCGUCCCUCUGUUGCCGUGGCCUCUCUCCAACACACUAAUGCCAUUCCUUCUAUUUAAUUUUUACGUCGUCUUCUUAUGAUUUUGGAUUCAUAUGAAAACCAAACUCACUAAGGUCCUGGAGGUAUGGAAGUGGCUCUGCGGAGGAACAGCUUCUUGUACUUAUAUCGUGAGUUUUUUUAUAUCAGCUAUUUCCCAGUCUGUCUGUCACUUUCUCGUCCCUCUGUUGCCGUGCCCUCUCUCCAACACACACGUCAUGACCAAUGCCCUUCCUUCUAUUUAAUUUUUAUGUCGUCUACUUAUGAUUUUGGAUUCAUGUGAAAACCAAACUCACUAAGGUCCUGGGGGUAUGGGAGUGGCUUUGCGGAGGAACAGCUUCUUGUACUUAUAUCGUGACAGUUUUGUUGAAUUGUUUACGAUUUUUUUUCUUCUGGUAAUGAGUAUUUUAAGCAUCAUCUUCGUUCAUGAAAAUAAGACAAAUGUGAUAAAUAAACAAAAAUAAAGAAAUAUGAGUAAUAUGGAUACUUUUUUUUCCCCUUUAAGAUAUUCCUUUUUUUUAUUUUAAGUGAAGAAUGUGUAUCAGUUACCUUGGCAA